GACUGUUGAUCAAGUGAUGAAUUUUUGCCUAUUUAUAUGUUCUCUCUCGUGCUUCAAAACGUGUACCCAUGUACGAGCAGAGCGAAAGACGGCGAGCUCGGAAACUUGUGAGGACAAGUAUCGUUCCUACUUGAGUGGAGAAGGAGAAGAGCACACUCACUGGAGAUAUGGUGCCCCUCCCAACUACGAUGCUGUCAACACUCUCUUUGAACAAGGCCAGACCAAGGUGUGGCCACCGGGGUCUCUUGAGGAGAAAGUGCAGAACCUGGUGAAGACAUGGGAGAUGGAGAUGUUCCAUAAGACCAGAUUUCUGGACUACAAGUCUGUCGAUCCGCUUCAUUACACCAUCAGCCUCAAUGGAAGAAAGGCUCUGACUCUAGAAGAGAAGAGGAAGCUUGGGGGGAGCUACAACUCCCUCCUCCAGACCUCGCUGCCCGAGAAGUACAGGUGCUACAACCCGGCCGAGGAGACUGUGGACUCGGCCCACCACGCCUUCACGACGGCGUUCCCGCGUGGGUUCGCCCUGGAGGUCCUCCAGGUCUACUCAGGGCCGCCGGUGAUCGUGUACAAGUUCCGGCACUGGGGCUUCAUGGAGGGCCCCUUCAAGGGGCAUGCCCCAACCGGGGACAUGGUGGAGUUGUACGGAAUGGCUGUUUUUCAGUUGGACGACCAGGAGAAAGUUGUGAAGGUGGAGUUCUUCUAUGACCGUGGAGAGCUGCUCGGAGGUCUGCUGAAGGGCGGGGCAAUAACAAAUAGUAAUGCUGUUGAAGAGGCUGGUUCAAGCUGCCCUUUCCUGACGAAAAACUAGUAGAAUGAUACAAUUAAGCGGAAAGUUGUUGUUUCUGAUGGUUUUGCUUUUAGUUUCAGACAAUGUACUAUUGUCUUUGUCAUUGUCAUCAUAUCAAUAAUGCUUGGAGUAAAACAAUUCCCGUGCACUUCGUUACUUA